AUGGCCGCAUUCACUGUCAUCGCCCUUCCCCAAUUCUCCGAUAUCGCUCCAAUUGCAGCACUCGCAACCCGUCUAACACGCAUGAGCAACAGGCAAUGCGCUGGUCAAUCCGCCAACGGCGCCACCACCCAACCGACUGAUCCCACCGCCCGCAUGUGGGUCGCCCUGCACAACGCCCACCGCGCCAACCACACCAGCACCUGCUCCGUCGCAUGGGACCCAGAGCUUGCCAACGAAGCCAUGAUCUCCGCCCAACAAUGCCAAUUCCAACACACCAACAGCGGCAAAGACUACGGCCAAAACAUGGGCGAAGCCAGCCAAGGCUCCAAGGAAUCCUCCAUCGUCUCCAUGUUCUACAACGAAAUCAAGGACUUCGGGCCCUACUGGCACCAGGACAGCGUGCCCAUGACCGAGCCCAGCGUCCUGCACUUCACCCAGGCCGUGUGGAAGACGACGACGACCAUCGGCUGCGCCACCAACAACUGCGGUCAAUGGCUGCUUUCGUACUGCAACUACCGCGGUCCCGGAAACUGGGCGGGCGAGUACGCAAACAACGUCGCCGACUUGAUCGCGAGUCCCCUUCCGCCCAUCUGCUCGGAGAUCGGCUCGGGAGCGCAGGACGGCAGCUGCAUCACUGAUCAGCAGUUGCUGCAGUACUUCUGA